CGAUGGUUGGCUGUGAGAAAAGAAACCAGCAAAGCCCUUCAGUUCAGCCUCUCGGUGUCGGAGGUCGGAACCAAACAUGGACGCCGGGCAAUUCGUCAUCCCGAUCCUCGGCAUCAUCGGCGCCGCGGCCGCAACCUUCUACGCCGUCAGCUUCAUGGAGAUCCGGGAGAAAUCACUGGAGGAUCUGGAUGACAAGUACUCCGAGUACGAGGAGGGCGGCGGGCGGCAGCGCCGGGCGCGGCGGAGGUCCGGCCGCCAGGCGAAGAAGCGGAAUGAUUGACAGCUACACCAUCAUUCUGGGAACUGAAGAGGCUGCGUGGUCUCUGUAUUGAUGUUAUUCACUUCCCCUCUUUUUGUGAGCGGCUUGAUGCUUAGCAGCUAAUCCAAUCUACGUUCGACCCGUAGCCAGAGGAAAUGGGCAUUGGUCACUACUGCUAGUUCUUUUGCCCCUGCACUUGCAUUCAGUGCUUAUGCUUUUGAUUA